AUGGAGGCCGAGGCCGAAGCCGAGGCCGUGGCCGUUGCCGUCAAGGAGGAGGAAGAAGACGUGGUGGAGGAGAGGGUGAUUGAGAUGCCCGCUGCGAUGGCAGAAAGUGGUGGGCGAAACACCAUAACGCGGUACAUCGAGAUGCCUGCGACCUUCAAUGCACAGGGCGAAAUGGAACUGGAAAUGAAGUGUGAGCUGAGCUCUGGCGACGCUGUCACCGAAAUUAUCUUCAUCAACGUCAACGAGCAGAACCUCGAGGACGACAUGGUGCUGGUGGAGCAGCAGCAGCAGCAGCAGGAGCACCAGGAGCAUUCGGGACCGGGAAAUCGACGACGACGACGGGCGGCUCCCGGCGGGAAGAAAGCUCGAAGUAGAAAGACGGCCGCGGCAACGCAAAGCAGCGAGGACUACGAACUGUCAGACCGAAACGACGGCUGCUCCUACUCCGUGCAGACGAUCUUCCUCAAGUGCUCCAAGGUGGGCUGUGACGCCCGAUUCGGUGAUAAGAAGACGCGAAACGCCCACCUCAUGGCCGACCACGGUGUGACACCCUUUCAGUGUCCGCUAGUUUCCUGUCUGGAGCGCUUCUCAAACAGCAUCACCCUUGGCGAGCACAUUCGCACCAGCCACGGAACUACCACCAAAUGGUUUUGCAGCAAGUGCGAGAGUGUCUUCAAGAAGUACAAGCUGCUGUACAUGCACCAGUGGAUCAUGCACGACGAGGGCGAGUACCAGUGCCCGCACGAGGGCUGCAAGUUCACCGCCACCUACCGCAAGCAGGUCUACAAUCACAUUGACCACCGCCACCAGGUGCCGAAGAACCGCUGUCCCUACGAGGACUGCACCAAGGCCUUCACCACGACGGCCGAGCUGACCGCCCACCAGCGUCGGGUGCAUCUACUGCAGAAGCCCUUCAGGUGCAAGUGGCCCAACUGUAAGUACUCCAGCGAAGUUUGUCCCGCAGUGGUCCGCCAUAUACGCACCCAGCACUUCCACUUGCCGGAAACGGUGCGCAAGCAGCGCGAGCAGAACAUCACCGACACGCGCGACCCGCGCGAGUUCCUCGAGAUUCUCGAGGAGGCGCACGACCCGGUCCUGGCCAUUGAGAUGGCCCCCGAUGAGAAUGGCCGAUGCGGGCGAAAGUUCUACUGCGAGUACGAGCACUGCAACAAGUUCUUUCUGCGCGCCUCCAACCUGAAGGUCCACGAGAGAAUGCACCUCGGCCUGCGCCCCUUCAUGUGCAAGUUUGACCCGGAGAAGUGCGACUUCAGCUCCGAGCGGCGCGAGGUGGUCCUCCAGCACAUUCGCAUCGACCACAUGGAUAUGCCGCGGUCGCAGCGGGAGCAGGCAAAGUGGCGCAAGAGUCGCAAGGGCAUCGACAUCCCCGACGCCAGCGACUUCCUCGAGGUGCUCCACGAGGAGUUCGACGACCCGGAGACGAAGGAGAAGCUGGCGGAGAUGCAGGCGGGCGCCGCCUUUGCCAACCAGACCGAGGCGGAGAUGAGGGCUGGGCACGUCAGGGAGGAGAUUGAGGUGGUGACCGAACAGGGCGGCCAGGAGGUGCUGCACGUCGUCGAGGCGCAGAUGGUGACGCUGCCCGUUGACGAGGAUCCGGGCGGCAAGCGAAAGCGCAAGAGCGACAAGCCCCGACCGGAGCACAUCUGCUACUUUGAGGGCUGCGGCAAGCGCUUCCGCCGCCCCUCCAACCUGAAGGACCACCUGCGCGUGCACACCGGCGCGAAGCCCUUCAAGUGUUCCUGGGAGGAGGGCGCCUGCACCUUCACCAGCAGUCGCAAGGAGAACGUCGUCCAGCACGUGCGCACGAACCACCUGGGACUGCCUCGGUCGCGCCGUGAGCAGCUGCAGAUGCGCAUUCCCGACAGCCACGAUCCGCAGCUCUUUGUGGAGGUCUCCCAGGAGCUCCUGGAGAUGACCUUGAUAUUUCCACCACCUUCCUAUCUGUUCCAGUUUGAUUCCCUAAACAGAAGUCAUCCGGGUAGCUUUUGGGGNUCAACACCAUCAUCAACGCCAGCGGAUGUUGCGAAAGCAGCUACACUGUUAGGAAGUGUGCUGAUGCCCUUCUUGCUGGUGAUUUCCACCACCUUCCUAUCUGUUCCACUUUGA